AUGUCAUCAUCCUACCACCAACCAGUCAACCUCAGCUCGGUCAACUCUUCAAGACAGGCACUCUCAAUCAGUCCAUCCCACUCCAACCAACUCAUCAUAUGUUACGCCUCCGGUUUGCUCAUCAAUUUCUUCGACCCAGAGUCCUGGCGGUUACUUCAAUCAAUCAAUCUCAUCGACCACCUGCCUCAUCUACCGAGCUAUCAUAAAUCGGUUGAUGUGGUCUAUCUAACUGAGGAUAACCGAAGAUUGGCAGUCUGUUGUGGUCCCCUGACAGCGAUCUUUGAACGUCCAAACACAAGUUCGACGUUUCCCUUCUCGUGGAAAUUACAUUCGACCUUCACCUGUCACAUCGCGAGAAUCCUCUCGAUCAACCUCAAACAGUCCUACUGUCUCGUCACAGGAGAGGACGGUCUUUCGUUGUAUCAGCUCGAGGAGGAGAGCUCAGAUUCGGAUGAGCCGGCGCAUUGGAUCAAGAGAUGGGCACUCCGUGGCCAAGCCUGCGAUCAAUCCGCUUUGGAGGUUCUUGACGAUGAGACCUGUCUGUUUGUAGCAAUCGUGGUAGGCUCGCCUAUCCUGCGGACAUACGAGUUCCCUGCCAGCUCAUCCAAAGCCUCCUCUAAUCGCCCCCAAUAUUCCCCGAAAACGAUCACGCUGUCUCUACCCAUCCAUUCGAUCCGAUUCUCAUCCCGUCAAAGUCUGUCUUCGAACCAUACAAAUCAGUUGCCUUUUCUGUCAGUAGAAGUCGUCGCUCCAGUCCUCGGAACAGCUCUGCACUAUUACAAUCUCAUCCAACGGCCUCUUCCACUCGCUGCACCAGGAAAUCCACCCCAACGGCUUGAUGGACCCUAUAAGCCUACCGUACAAUAUCUCCAUCAUGGCAUGUGUGCGAUUUCUGUCCCAGUCAAUUCGCCCCGAAUCUUGGCUGCCUUGCCGUUGGAUAACUUGGCCGAACAGUUUAUCUCUCAAACCGAACAACUCCUUGGUCACGACUCUCGACUGAACGUAAUUGUCCUCUCCAAUGGAGAAGUCAAUCUGGCCCGAUCGACUAAAAACACAACAAUGCUCUCCGCAAACCCUUAUCUCCUUCCCAAGGACAUGCUUGAAUUGUUUCUGCGUCCAGGUACAAUGGUUCACGGCCUGAUGAGCAUGCAUACUAGCCCGGGGAAACCGGGAGAUCUGAGUUGCUCGAUUGUUGCGCGUCCGUUGACAGUAACUGGCGAGAUCUUUAUCGCGCAAAUAUCACUCGGCGCCCUGCUAGCUCGCCCAGCCCUCCCUAGCUCCAAUCCCCGACUGGUCUCGAUGAAGCGGCUCCCAUACGGAUACACACCCUUGUUCACUCGGACGAGCUUGGUUGCUAGUGAGCACACUACCUUUGCUGGCCUUUUAGUCACAGCCAGCACCAAAGAUCAAGACACGAGAUAUGUCUGCCUAUGUCACCCAGCCAAAGGUAGCUCUACCCGCGCCUCUCGACUCCUCGCUUAUGCCACACACACCGAUCAGACUAAGGCCCCCCUAAAAUGCAACCUGACAGGCAGCGUUCAAGCUGUCGGAUGCUUCGACAGCCAAGGUUGGUAUUGCAAGAGUGACCCUGUCAAUGUAACUGCCGAACAUUCACACCUCGGAUCCACGGGCCUUUUCGUCACUGAUCUCAACCGUGGAAUCCACAUUUCCGUCCAGCCGUUGUCCUAUCAAAAAAUCAGCCUCAAAGGCUUCUCGGAGGGGGAGCUACCUAAGGCACUUGUUGUGGAAUGCUCAAGCUUGAAGCAAUCGGGAAAAAGCAAAUGCUCUGAUGGAGGAAGUUCAACGAUUUGCUUUAGUUCUUCAAAUCGGUUACUUGUGUGGAAUAUGCCUGAAGGAUUAAGGAUGUCUGAUCAUGACUCUGGGCUCUAUACAUCGUCCCAUGAGGUCUCCUUUCCCAGUUCCUUUUUGCUCAGCACCCUGGCCCAAAGCAGUUCUUCACCUUCAUCCACUGUCCUGGCGCUUGACACAAAUGGCCAACUGGUUCGAGCACUCCUGCCCGAAAAUCUUUGUGAUCCUGGCGUCGAUUGUUCCUUUAAGUUGAAAGUAACUAUGUGCCAUCAGAUCGGGACUCAAAAAACCUUGGGCCUGGAUGACGUUAGAAGUCAAGUUAUUCUACUUGAGCCACAAUACUCAAGAUUUCUCGCCAUGUUGUGUGUAAUGAGCGAGACAAAACUCAGUCGGACGUAUAGAGUGAUUGUCGUGGAUUUGAGACAACAGCCUUACUCGCCUGGGAUCGUGGGUUUUGACACGUUCGAGGUUGAGCGAGGCAGUGAUGGAGCGGAGAAUGAGGCCCAGCUCAAGUGGUCGGACUAUCAAAGCAGAGCCCACUCCCUCCCAAACGAAUGUUUCCUUUGUGUCUGUUGUGGCACUGAUCUAGUCAGAAUAUACACUCGAGCGAGCGAUGGAUGGUGGGCACAAACGACAACUGUCCACUCCGAAUUGGGCUGCAUUUCUCAGAUCUCCUGGCUUGCCGGGUCCGACCAUUCAACCCGAGUGCUCUAUCAAACCGCCGGACAUACCUUACUGGGGCCUCCGAUCAGCAUUCCUGAGCGACUCAGUCUACCGCCUUGGCAUCCUAUCCUCUUGAAAAAUCAACUUCUAUUCGGUAAUUUAUCACUGUCAUUUGCGACUGUGGCUUGUCUUUCUCUUGCCUUGGAAGGGUGUUUGCAGCCGUUGACAUCCUUAUGCCAGAGAAUCGUAACUUUCGGCCUUGAAGAUGAUGAGGAAUCGAUCGUCCAAGAGCUGGACGACUUGGCGAAUGAUUCCGUACUGCCUGGGAACUUGUCGCCCACUAUCCUGUCCCAGGCUCACAUCGAUGCCAUCUCUUCCGCCGUUGAUGGUCGCAGAAUUCCUCUACUAUCUGCAGAAGAGCAAGCUUUGAUUCUGCGUUUGGCCAGGGCGUUCUUACAGGUACAAACAGCCCGGACUCAUGGGAUUGAUACAUAUGGCUGCCAAUACAUAUUUUCCAUGAUCGAUCAUUUGGAGGAUCAUGUUGGGACACGGGCUGAUUGGGAUCUCGGGUUUGGGCCAAGCCAAAACUGUGGAAUUUUAAGUGCACAACUGUCUUCGACACGGGGCCUGAUCGGUCAAGAAACGAGCUUGAUCCUAAGCAAGUAUUCCCAUCAACUGGGGUCCAGAUUAGAUUGGAAAGCUGCCCGAUCGGUGGGUCUCUUCAUGUGGCUCGAUCCUGUGGAGGAGGUACAUUCGUACCUCGAAAAGGUCGCCCAAGCCGAAUACGUCAGCGGUGGUAGUGGUAAUGACCGGUCCUCAGUUCAGGCCCUUUCGUCCGACGGCCCUAGGGAACAGGAUCCGGCGGCAUGUAGCAUCUUCUACAUGGCCCUCAAAAAGAAACGGCUCCUGAUGGGCCUGUGGAAAGUCGCGUACGGACACGCUGAUAGACCUUUGAUGACUAAGUUCCUUGAGAAUGACUUUUCGGAAGCCCGCUGGAAAACGGCGGCACAAAAGAACGCAUUCGCCCUGAUCAGUCGACAGCGCUUCCGUUUUGCAGCCUCUUUCUUCCUACUAGCCGACCGGCUCCAAGACGCGGUGAAUGUCUGUGUCCGCCAGCUCGCCGACUGGCAGCUAGCCCUAGCGAUCGUCAGAGCCUACGAAGGCGACCGGGGCCCGGCGAUGGAUAAACUGCUCACCGAGACCGUCCUUCCGCUCGGCUUCUCGACCGGUAAUCGUUGGCUCGUCAGUUGGUCUUUCCGGAUCCUUGGACUGGACGAGUUGGCUUGUCGCGUCUUGGUCGCGAGCUGGGAUGACCCGUUGAUCCGGAACCAUUGGACGCCCUCGGUCUCUGAGAGAUUUUCGGUUCGGAUUGGGCCGUUAGAUCUCUCGCUGGUCAUGCUAUUCAAUCGUCUCAAGCGAGCCCACCAAUCGCCGCUGAAGUGGACGGACGAGAGAGCGCUGGUUCUACUAAGUGUAGAAGAGCUAAUCAACGCUGGAUGUACCAUGUUGGCCGUCGCCCUGGUCAAGAUGUGGCACAUCGACCGACCCGAUCUGCCCCCCAAACGUCUUCCAAUCGCGUCCGACCCUCUUCCUCAGUUGCUCCUCGAUCCCGAUUCCUCUCAAGACCCCUCCACAGAUCAUCAGCCCUCAAACCCCAUCGAAAAUCCGACCCCGAUGCCUAAAAAAGUAUUGAGUCAACCGGUCGUGCCCGAAUUCGAGCUUUCUAACUUCUUUUGAUCAUGUCUCUACAUCGUCCUUUUUUGUUUUCUAAUCGUGGUAGUCCUCUCUCUUGAAUGCGUUGUUUUUUUGUAGAAACCAUGUUAUCAUCUUACCUCCAUCUUUGCAUGCAGAUAUGUUCACAGAGUGUGGUCGUUUCAUAUUGACAUCCGACUCUCGCUCAACCGGGCCAUACCCUUUGCUCGAUAUUUUUCAUAGAAGAGAGGGGAUGAAUUAAUAGGUCCAGAUUACCAUCAGCAAUUCACACCUUAUUUGUGAGUUAGA